AUGGGAAAUCCUUUGCGGGAGGAAGUCCAAGAGCAACACAGCCCGUGCGGAUAUAAAAUUGUGGGGGAGGUGACAGAGAGGGAAAGGCCGACACACAGAAAGAGAGAGAGAAGAACAAUAAGAGAAAGGGAAAAGGAUGGAGAGCAAGAAGAAGAUGCAAAAUGGACCACGUACCAAGAAGUGGGGACCUGCAUUAAAAGUAAACGGGGCCAUCGUCUCAGCCCCAGAGCUAUCUCGGACCUUGAAGAGUUAAGGUCAUUGCUACGGUUACGGGUUCAGUGCAGCUGUUGUUUAUGUAAUUACAAAUCUUGGCACGUGCUUCAGGCCCCAGUUUUGACGAUGUCGUCAAAAGGAGCAUUCUAUCUGCUUCUCAUAGCCCUCAUCUUUAAUAUUUCACUCGCCAGUACGAAAUAUUAUGUAAAAUUGAGAGAUAAUCCAUCGGAUGCAUUUAAAACAAAAAAUCCCUACGAUCUUCGUGUUCUUCAUUAUCCACUUAGUGGAGGAAGAGUUUCUCUUCAAGAUGAUAUUGGAGCCAGAAUUCAAGAUGAAGAUCAAUCGGCAUCCAAAGAUUUUGGUCCAAAACUUGAGAGACGACAUUCUUUUGAAGAGUCCGCAACAUUUAAUCCCGAUGUUCUUAAUAAAUUUUUAGAAGAAUAUGCAAGUAAAAUAAAAAGUACAACUGAAAGAAAUUAUAAAUAUCCAUUUAGAGUGAUGUCUGAGGAGAAACCAACAAAUUUUGGAAUCAAUAUCGAUGGACCUCUGGAGAAGGAAAUUAUCUCCUCGGAGACUGUCGUUAAUUUAAAUUCUUCACAAGGGCACUUUAGUGAUUUGAACGAUACCUCAAAGAGAAACAGUUACUGGAGUGGUAGCAAUUCCCACGACGAUAGAAAUGGAUGGGUGACUUUGGAUGCAGUUCCUUGGUCAAAGAGCAAAAUUUCUAAAUGGCAAGCAAAUAAUCCUACUUCACAACGUCCGUGGCCUGAUGCAAAACCAUGGGACAAGCCAAAUACCGGUAAACCAUGGCAAUCAGAUUACACGUCCAGGCCAACUUACGAAAACAACAAACCAUGGUUGAAGCCAAAUUGGCAAGAGCAAUCGGGAGAAAAACCCUGGCUGUUGGAUCGACCAAAACCUAGUCAAUCAAUGAGGCCCAUCAUUGAUAGAUAUGAAGAAAAUCCCGAACAAGCACAAACAUGGCCACCUGAGAAUAAGCCCUCAUGGAAUAGAUAUCCUGAUAAAUAUCGACCAACAGGUGACAUUAUAACCGAUGAGAGACCAUCAAAUUUUCCCAACUCUUGGGAUCGACCGCAAUUAACAAAGCCAAGUUACACAUUUCCCGAUAGGUAUACAAUUAAAAAUGAAGAUGAAACGGGCAAUUGGAAAACACAAAAUUAUAACGACAGAUAUGACAAAUAUCGACCCAGCGAUUCCAAUGACAGGCCAAAUUUCUCUCAAUAUCAAUAUUUAAAUGAUCGUCCAUCGAGUCAUCCAUCAAGUGGCGAUGGAGAAUGGAUUUUAUUAUCAACAAAUCGUGGCUAUUCGAAAUCACGUCAGAGAUCAAUUAAAAUUGAUUCAAUUAAACCCGAAAGUUUAACAAUUGUUAACGGUACGAAAAUACAAAAUAAUUCAAAAAUGGAUGAUAAUGAUCCACCUGUUCCUGUAUUGACUUCAAGACGACAGGUAAGAUUAACGGUACUUCCAUCGGUCAAUGGUACAAACACAACAACAUCGCACGGUGGACUCCUUGAAGUUGAACGUACCUUUAAAACCGUUGAUCAAAGUCAAAAGGAAUAUGAAAAUAAUCGAAAGAGCAAGUUACAACAAACAUUAAUGAAACGACCAAUUAGAAAUACCAUUUACAAUGGAAAUCCUUCCAAUUCGGCCAUAUUAGCAGCCGUGGGCGCCGGUAUGCUGCCAGCAACCAUGGCCAUGAUGAUUCCAAUGAUGUUAGGGAGAAAAAAACGCGAUAUACAAAAUAGCCAUUUGGAGCACACAUUGACGAAGGCUUUUUAUCUUGAUCAAGGACUUCGACAUCUUAUGGACAAGCACAACGACCAAAGAACUAAGCUACUGAGGUUUUAGAUUUUUUUUUUUUUUAGUUAUUAUUAUUAUUAUUAUUCUUUUUUUUAUUUAUUUAUUGUCUUCAUUAGGGGACGAUUUUUUAUUUCAAAUUACAUUCAGAGAAAAUGUGAUAUUUCUCUUAAAGUUAUAUUUAAAUAUUUAUUUCGAAUAAAUUUUAUUCGCUUCAAAUAUGGAUUUAUCAAACAAAAUUUAUGAGCCAAAAGUUUUGAACGUUCAAAUGAACAAAAAAUUUUUUUUAAUCUAUAAAUUAUUAAAAAUUAUGA